AUGUUUAAGGCAUACCUGAUGGCAGAGGAACAAAACGAACAGGUUCGUGAUAUUCUUCUUUUACCAACUACUGUGAAUGAUCAAGUCGGCUCAUCUGCUGAUGAGCAGAUUGCUUCUGUCGUUGACUUUUUUCAUAGCAAACUCGCGGAAUACAAUGAGGUGAUCCAACAAAACAGUCGUUCCGUUUUCGUUGCAAAUUACGUUCAAAACCGAUUUCUCGUUACCGAAUUCUGCCCGGAACUUGCAAAAUUAUUUGAUGUGCUCAAAGUGAAAUCAUUGGAAGAGUUGUUACAAAGACUUACAGAAUGGGAAGAUGAUCCAGCGAUGAAAGCUUCGGGUAAAGCACUACGAGAGUCGUUUGAAGCUUGGGACAUCUUUCUUCGUGAAAUUGAUGAUGAACUGGAAAAGACGCUUGGACCAGUCAAAAGUGCAGUUACCACUCUUCCAGAAGAUUCUGGAAUUCUCGGACUUCAAAGCAAAACUAUUUCUUAUUAUGUUACAGGAAGUGCUUUUGAUUGUGUGCUCAUUAUUGUAGUUCGAGCAUUCAACAGGCCAGAAGUUAAUGAGCAUAUUUUGGGAUUAUAUAACAGAAUUGAUGAGUUAAGGAAACUAAGAUGUGAUGUAUUCUUAUUGACAAAGGGACCACCAAUUGGAUCAAGUGGUGGUGCAUACAUUAAGCUUAUUGGAGUUCCUUUUCGUAAAUUAUAUGAUAUGAAUGAGGCUGAAGAACAAUUAAAAAUGAAUAGAAAGUCUGCACUGGAAUAUAAUGGAUGGAGAACGCUUUGCAAGGUUGUGGAAGCCUCUCUCGUCGAAGGAGAUUCAAUUGUUGCGAAAGAAGCAUCAAGCUCAGAAGACUCAGUUUCUUACAUUUCUCAAAAAGGUGGUACUGUACUUGUGGAUAAAUCAGGAGAAAUUCUUUACAAGCACAUUGAAGACGAUAAAUCAGAUUCAUGGCCAGAUAUUGAUGAAAUAGUAAAACUGGUUGAAGCAAGGAACGCCAAAUACUUGGAGAGCACUAAUAAUUCUACAAUAUCAAUUCCGAAAGGUGGAAAUCUGGCAAAAGUGAAUUCGGAAAUUUCUGUAACAAAGGAACUGGCGACGGACAAAAAGAAACCGUGUUGCGUAAUUAGUUAAAUAUCUAGACUACAUUUACAUUAAAACCAUACAUGUUAUCUUGGCUGAUCUCAUUAUUAAUUCAUUAUUUUAAUAUUAGAUUAUUUAACUAUGAAAUAACAUAAACAUUAAUUUAUUUUCAAUUUGUUCCAAUGUGGAACUUCCAAAAAAAAAACACUCGAAUUUAAUGUGGUUGUUAUUUUACAGUGAAAAAAGAUGUUCGGAUGCUUUGAUUUCUUUUGGUUGAAGAUUUUCAGACUCGUUUAUUAAACUUUUACUGUAUUCUUGGAAUAAAAAAGUUCAAUUUAUU